UUUUGCGAUAGCUCUGCCUGGUGCCGAUGGACCAUCAUGGCUCUGCGCUCAGCGGCGCCCAUUCUGAGGCCGGGGAGGAGUUGCUGCGGUUGCUGAAGGACCGCAGCGAGGCUCUCUUCCCGAAUGAAAAGGAGAAGGAUGGCAAGGAGUUCCAGGUGGGUCCCUUACAGCGCCUCUGCUAUGGGGCCCUGGACUUCGCGAAGACUCCGGUGCAGCUGCUCAUCAGCGUGCAUCUGCUGACCUUUUACCAGCAGGCGGGGGCGGCUCUGGGGGCUGUGGCCUUCUUCACCUCCACGGCCCGGUGCUUCGACGUGCUCAGCGACCCGCUGAUGGCGCAGAUCUCGGAUGGCUUCUCCAGCCGCUUCGGGCGGCGCCGGCCUUUCAUUCUCCUGGGCUGCGUGUUGUACGCCCUCUGCCUGGUGGCCUUGUGCUCGCCGCCCACGUCCCUGUCAUCGGACAGCACGGGCGCUUGGUUUGGUCUCUUUUACAUCCUCUUCUUCCUGACAGACACGAUCACCUCGAUCCCCCACAACGCGCUGGGCCAAGAGAUCACCUCCGACACCGACCAGCGGCGCCUGGUCUUCAUGGUCGCCAAGAUCUUCCAGGCCCUGGGCAUGAUCGCCGCAGCGGCGCUCCCGGUGCUUCUGGGGAACUUCAUGGGCGCCUGCGAGCUGCCGGCGGAGUGCUCCGCCAAAGGCGCCCCGGCGGAGGUGGAGGCGUACUGCGUGGCCUUGGAGCGAGAGUGCGACGGCCUGCAAAGCCGUCAUGCCAUCCUGGCGACUGGGCUGAUCUUCGGCUCCGUGGCGGUUUUUGCAGGCAUCAGCUGCGUGCUGGUGAUCCGCGAGAGGAGAUCCGAGGGAGCACCAGGCGCCCUACUGGAGGAGGAUAGCAAACCCUCGAAGCUCGACGAGAUCCUGCCGGGCUUCUUGGCCAUGCUGCAGAACCGGCCCUUCAGAGCCAUGGUGAUCCCCUGGGUCUUGGAUCAGACCAUCGUGGCGAUGCUGUCCUCGCUUCUGCCAUUCUACGUGCAGUAUGUCAUCAGUCCGGAGGAGGUGUGUCAGGAUAGCGACCCCCCCAUCCCCAUCUCCAGCGUGCGGUGCAGCUCCCGCAUGCUGCUGGGCAUCGGCCUGGUGUGCAUGCUGCUGGCGGCCAUUGGCUCCAUGCCCCUCUGGCAGAAGGCCGCCAUGGGCUUCGGGGACUACAGGACAUGGCUGGCCUUCAACUUCCUGAACGCCAUCACAACUAUCCUGUUCAUUCUGGGCCGAUCCAGCACCUUGGCCAUCGUGCUCACCAUUUGCUUCGCCAUCCUGAAUGGCGCCCCCAUAGGCGCCAGCUUUCUGACAGACAACAUCUUGGGUCUGGUCAUUGACUACGACGAGCUGCGGACGGGAGUCAGGAACGAGGCCACCUUCACCAUGUUCGCCAGCUUCAUCCCGAAGGUGGUGAGCGUGCCGGCCUCCGCAUUUCCUUUGACUCUGCUGGCAGUGAUGGGCUUCAAGGACCCGGUGGACGGGCAGCUUCAGCCACAGAGCUCCACGGUGCAGUGGGGCGUGCGGCUGAUGUUCUCAGUCGUGCCGACCUUGCUAGCGCUGUCGAGCUUCGCGUUGAAGGGCUUCUACUUUCCCUUCAAGGACCUGGCGCGGGCGGAUGCCGAGAUCAAGGCGGGCCUGGCGCUGAGGAGGCUGGGCGAGCCGUACCGGGACCCGCUGGAUGCCACAUACAGGCGGCCGAGCUCUGUGGGCGACGGGGGGUUCCGGCGCGCCGGCAGCUUGCUGCAGCAUUUCCCGGGGCCCGAGGCGCUGGAACAGCUGAAGGACGAGGGCAUAGGCAUGCUGCUUCGCCGCUGCAUCUGGCAACUGUCGCUGCUGAUGGCGCUGGCGUUGGUCUGCGGGGUGUGCACUGGGGUCACCAUGGCCUUGGGCUUCCUCAAUGACAACAAGCUGAGCUGGCUGCCCUCCAUCCUGGUGCUGCUCACUGGUAUCGGGGUCUUGGCGAGUUUGGUGGCCGGGCUCCGCCUCCGUGCGGCGCUGGCGCUGCAGAAGUUGGGCCUCACCUCCGAGAGCCUGGAGGCCUUCUGCGAACAGCGCCGCGCCAUGCAGCAGGGCGACUUGGCCCCGGACGCAGUGGAGCGUAUUGCUGUGUGGACGGCUGAGGCGCAAAGCCUGGCAGUGCACCAGCGCUCGGUGGUCUCCGCGUCCGGCGUGCGCUCCGCGCGCUCGGCGAACUCCCGGACCUCGCGGAACUCCAGCGGCUCGGAGCGGUGAGCCGAGGAAUUCGGGUUGCAACUGCCGCGGGGCUCUGGUGUCCGUGGCCGGAUGGGGAAAAAAGGGACCUGGGGCUAAGCACUUGUGAACUU